CUCCCGCCCUCCCUCCCCGCCAAGGGGCGCGCCGACCCGGCCCCCCGACGAAACUCCGCAGUCAUGUCCGAGGAUUUUCGCUCCUUCGCCGACCAGUUGGUCCUCUCGCCGGUAGGCUUCGCCGCCACGCGCUCCAGCAUCCUGGACCCGUCCAACCGGCCGGACUUCGUUUUGCAAAACCUCUUUUCUUCGCUCUCCUCACCGCAGGAUGCCCUGUUGGCUGCCAGCGGGGCGCUGCUUGGUGGGGGACCGCUGGCCGUCGAGGAUCCCGAUGAUUCGGAUUCUUCGCGUCCGUCGAGCCCGACCGAGCAGGGCCCCGGCGCGGGCUCGGGAUUGGGAGCAUCCCGAUCGAUGGCCUUGGCGUCAGUGGCCUCGGCGUCGGCCUCCCAGGUGGCCGGAUCGACUGCCUCGCUCAAGUCCCUUCAGCCUCUCAUGUUCAGCCCCCGGCUGACCGGCAAUCAGCCAGGGGCCGGGGCCGGGCCCUCGGCCCGGAUCUUUCAGGCCCCGGAGGCAGGCCCCGGGGCCGGGCCCUCCUCAGGGGGGCCUGCCCCUUCCGGUCCCGGGGCUGGGGCAUACAAGCGGUCCACCUCGACCGCCUCGCUGAGUGGUACCGCUGCCGGGGGAGCGGGGUCCAGCAGUGCCUUCACCUAUGCCUAUGGCGAGCACCUGGAUGGGCCGGUUAUCCGGCCCAGCGCCGCGUCGGUGUCCCUGCCACCGACCCUCGGGUCGAUGUUGCGUGAUUUGUACACCACGGCCGGGGCCGGGGGCCCGGGCGGAGCUGGCACCGACGGCAAGGGCAUGCGAGCCAAGGCAUCGGCCGCGACCGAGGUCCUGUCCAUCGCCACGCCGGCUGCGGUGCGGGCCUUCCACCAGUCAUUGAUCCAGUGCCGAGAUGCGCGCCACGCGCAAAUCGUUCGCCUCUGCACCGACCACUAUGAGGCCUUCGUGUCCAGUGUGGAGAAGCUCCAGGGCAGCCAUGCGGCGGCCAUCGGCCUGGCCGAAUCGAUUCGCACCCUGGCCGAGUGCCUGGAGGGCUCGGGCAAUGAGCUUCUCCUGUUUGAUGGCUACAUCGAAAAGGUAAAUCGUGCCAAGAAGAACAUCACUCGAGCCAAGGGGACCCUGCAUCGGGCCCGGCUGACGGUCUUGGCGGUGGGCGAAAUCCUCAGUCGGACGCACUCCAAGAAGUACUAUGCCGCCAUCCGAACGUGCGAGCGGCUCUACAGCACCAUCCAAAAUAUGGCCCUCACCACGACGCAUGCGCCCCUGCUGCAUGCCUAUGGCGGCGGGGUUUCCGGGCCGUCAUCUUCCACGGCCGGGCGUCUUGGCGAUGGCCUCAAUUCGGCCGAGGCCGCCGCCGCCGGCAGUGCCGGGUCCGGUCGGAAUCCCCUGCUCAGUCCGUUGGACCAGUCGGUGGUGCUCUUUGUGGCCGAUGUCCGGGCGUGGAUCCUGUCCCGCGCGCGGGAUGAGCUCCAAAAGUGGCUUGAGCAGAUUCGCUCGGUGGCGCAGGAGGUCGGCCGGGCCCGACUUCAGGCGGCCAUCCUGCUGCUUGGCCAGUCCACCCAAACCCUGCCCCAAAGCGGGCAAAUCUUCUCCCUGCCAGUGCACGAGGUGGCUGGCUUCAAUACGGCGUCGCACUCGCUGACGGCCAUCACCAGCAUGGGGGCAGCCUCGCCGGCCGGUCGGCCCCCGGGGUCGGUCAUCUCCGACAUGCUGGCAUCCACCCCGAUCAUCGAGUCGGUGGAGGAUUUGGUGUCCUUCGUGCCGCUCUACCGGUCGCAGCACAUCGCCGCCACCCUGGGCACCUUCGCCACCCUGGCGCAGUAUUACGCGAAGAAUCGCAAGCUCCAGCUCGACCUGGCCCUGACCGUGUCCCUGCAAUCGGAGUCCUCCUCCACCGGGCUGUCCCCGGGCGAGGGUGGCUCGGAGCAUGGGUUCCCCGAGUCGCGGCGGUCUCUCGGAUCGCCCGGGCCCCGUGCCCCUCCGGGGGUUGACAUCUCCCCCUCCGAGUUGCUGAAGGCCGAUCAAGUCCUGUCAGAUGUGGUGGGCUUCUUUGCCAUCGAGGCGGCGGCCGCCUACUCCUGGCUGGAGCACAUCACGGACUUCAAGCUGGUUUCCGAGCUGUGGGUGUUCGCCACGCAGCGCCUGCUGGCACUGCUUGCCCCGGUCAUCAACUCGGUGCAUUCGAAGCAAUCGCUCCUGGCCUUGCGGUGCCGGAUUUUGGCCUUCGUUUCGGCGGCCACCUCGCUCAUGUCGCCCCUGGAGUCGGCGGACAUCUCGUCAGCCUACUCGCUAGAUGGGCACCGGGCGCUUGAGUACUUGACCUCGCGUGGGGCCUUGCCGGGUUCCUCGGCGACCGGGGCCGCGACCGGGGCUGGGGCCGGAUCUGGUCCAACUGCCCCUGCGGCCGGUGGCCCGGGAAAUGCGGGUGCCGCCAAUGGGCAGGCCGUUCGCGCGGCUCCCCUGUUUGGGCCGCGUUCCACCGAGCAGGAAGUCAUGGUGGCGGCGGCGGCGGCGGCGGCGGCGGCGGCGUCAGCGACGGCAAUCGGCUCCGGACCCACCGGUGCCCUGUAUACCGGCCAUUUGCUGGAUCUCCUGUCGCGCCUGCUGGCCAAGCAUCUGGAGCUGACAACCCCCGAUCUCCGAAGCAUUCUCUCAUCCAUGACAGCCCUGACGUCCGGGCCGCCGCACGAUGCCGCGGCCCUGGCCAAUGCCCCGGCCCUGCUGUCGGUGGAGACUUCCCUGAACAGCAUGCGCCGGCUGCUCCGAGAGCUGGUCCUCUUCAUCGACGGGGCGUACGCCUUUGCCAGUGGCUUCCCGCAUGCAUCUUCCUCAGACAGCGACUAUGCCAUUGUCCGGUUUGUUGAGAGCCUCCUGUCGCGCGCGUGCCUGGUCAUCUCCCCGCCCUUGGAGUCCCUUUCGCCGGCGGACUUCACCCCCCAUGAAGCGGCGCUCAGCCUGAAAACGGCCCACUUCAUGUCUAACCGAGUCAUCCCGAAGGUGGCCGAGCGGGCGGCGCGCGAACGAACGGCCGAUCGCGGCGUCGGGGUGCACUUGGCCGAAGCGGAGCUGGCCGCCGUGGCAGCCAUCGCCCGAUGCCACGACUUCGUUUCCCGGUGCCUGAUCAUCCGCGUGGAGAGCUGCUUCGAGACCUUCUAUGGCCAGGCACAGGCCGAGGUCCAGGCGUCCAAGGAAACCGGGUCCGGGGACUUCCUCGAUGAGCAGGAGCUGCUGGAGUCGGCCGAGGCGGCCGCCAUCGAGGCAUCCAGUCAAAUGGCCUCGUCGGCCGGUUCGCCCGGCAGCCCGCGCUUUUCCGGAUUCCGGCUCUUCUCGGCCUUCUCAUCGACCAACACCAAUGUCGCCAGUGGCGACUCGUUGUCUUCCGGCUCGAGGGCAUCCCUCUCGCCUGGGCACCUGCCGGAGGGGGCCAGCUCGCCAGGCAACCUCAGCCGCAGUCCGAGCAUCAGUGGCAUCGUCUCACGGGCUGGGUCUUCACGGCCUCCCUCGCCCACGCCGUCUGUCACCUCGGCCCGGUCGCUGGCAUCCAUGUCGGCCCCGGGGCCCGGGGCCGGGGCCAGCCUCGGCGAGGGGCCCGGCUCGGGGGCGGCCGAUGCGGCUGGCCGCUUCCGCAGUGGUCUUGGCUUGAAAUUCUUCCAGCUGGCCGACAGCGAAGUGGGGCUCUACAUUCAGUCGACCCUGUCGGCGCUCGAUGUCCCGGGCGAUGUGCGCAAUAUCGUGGCCCUGGCGGUGGCCGAGCGCUCGCGCGACCUGCUCCUUGGGCGGCUGUGCGGCCUGGCCGCCGGGGCAGUGGGCAGCAAGCAGGCGAAGGACCCAUCCCGUGGAUCGGGCGCCCCGGCAGCCGGGCCCCGGGGGUCGCUGGGUGUUGCGCCGCUGGGCGACCUUCCCGGGGGAGCGCGCCGGUCCUUCGGUGGUCCUGGUGGCGGCCCGGGGGCAGGCUUGGGGAGUGGCGGCGCGCCUGGUCUCGCGGGUGCCAGCACUCCCGGCGCCAGUCGUGACUUGCCGAAUGCCUCGACACUCUUCUCCGAGGCGGACAGCUCCGAGGCCGGGGUCGACCGCGCCGGCGCAUAUGCCAUCUGUGUGUUGGUGGCUGUGUUGACCCGGUCGAUCAACCAGUCGGUGGGGAAUCUGGGCAUGUGCGAGGCUCUCUUCUUCGAUGUGGCUGAGAUCGCUCGUGUUCUAUCGCUCUCCACCACCAAGCUGUCUUCGCUCUCGCUGCGGGGGAUCAGCUGUUCGUCGCGCACCGAGCGGGACAACCUGGCGCGGGCCAUUUACCGGCACCGGUCACUCCUUGGAUCCUGGAGCACGGCCAACCGAAACCGACGCCGAGCCUGCGAGAACCUCAUCAAGCAGCUCGGCUACUCGGUGUAGCCUCGGGAAGUGGCUUGCCCGUUGUUUGCGAAGGGCCCUCAUGUCCUCCCCUCGGGACGCAUGUGCCCCUUUGUAUGUAUACAGGUGUCUGUGUGA